AUGCUCAAGAAUGAAAUGUUUCAAUAUUUCUUGCUAGAUAUGCGGCUCCUUUUACUACUUACUGUGCCUUUCCUGGCAAUAGCUUCCGAGACAUCGGUACAAGAAUGUUUUGAUGAAGCUGCCACUAAGUAUAUAGCUUGUAAAGCUGUCCAUGGAAGACCAGCUGUUUGCGACUGCACAUUCAGAGAUCCGUGUUACAUUAAAAUGAUCGUAAGUCGGCUGAGAGUUUCCGGUGUUGAAAAAUUCCACUAUCUCAUCAAUCAAACAUUCCAAGAUCCAACUAUUAUUGUGAAGCAAUAUGGGAUUGUAGUCAUUGAUGUUUCCAAUGAAAUGGACGAAGACACUUCUAUACAUUUCCAUGGAAUCCGGCAGCGUAAUGUUCCAUGGAUGGAUGGUGUAGAAAAUGUCACCCAGUACCCUAUACAAGCCCAUGGCGAUUCAGGUAAACUACAAAUACAUGUAUGCAGUAGCGCUUCACCUCCUAGCCUUGUUAAUCAAACUACGGGAGGGUUUUAAGACCUUUAAAUCCGAUUAUUAGUGGUGCUGCCAAUUUUUUCUUUUAGCGAAACUGGACGGGAGGGAGGGUAACACAGGGGAGCAACUUGACAAUUUGUUGCGCCAAUGUUCAUCAAAAUUUGUGUUCGCGGAUGUUGCGAGAAAACUAGAAAAGCGUGGAUAG